AUGCGUCUACGGAGAGCAACACCACCGCUUCUGCCGGGCAUCUUGGCCCUGCUUACAACAACAACAUUCACAUCAGCAUCACCCGCCCUCGCUGCCGUUGCCCGCCAAACAACCACCGCCGCCCUCCCCGGCACCCUCACCUUCUUCCCAAACAAACCCCCGUUGACCUUCCACUACUCCACACCAGACGCAAACGACACGAAUUGGGUGGGCAUCUACCACGCAUCCGGCGGCGGGCCGGAAAACGAGACUUUCGUCGCAGAGUCCCUCGACUGGGCCUAUGCCCCGGCGUCCGAGGGAGAGGUCCGGCUCUCCGCCACGGGAUUGCAGCCGGGCGCCUACAGGGCCUUCUUCCUCGGGCGGGACGCGUACUCGUGGCUCGCUGCGCCCGUGAACGUCACCGUCCCCCACGCCGAAGGCCCCGUCGCCUUUAUCGUCAGCGAGAUUACGGCUCGGAACGCGCGUGUAGGGGACGCAUACGAGGCUAGCGUCGCCGGUCUACGGUCCCGCGGGGGCAACUCGACGGUCGUUUACGAAAAAGUCAGCGGCGAUGCCUGGGUGAAGGUCUCGGCGGACGGCGUCCUCUCCGGCAUCCCGGACGCUCACGCGCCGGCCCAGACAACCGUCACGGUCGGGGUGACAGCCUCGGCGGACGGGUCAUCUGCCCAUCUACGCGUCACCAUCCCGACGAGACUUGCCGGCGCACCGCUCGUCGACGAGCUCGCCGUCAUGUCCUACAACCUCUGGCACGGCGGCACACGGAUCGCCGGCUACCACGAGAAGCAGGUCCGCUUCCUCGCCUCGAGCGGCGCCGACGUCGUCGGAUUCCAGGAGAGCACCGGCGGCCACGCGACGCGUCUCGGCGACGCGAUGGGCUGGUUCUCCUGGCAGGGCGAGGGUGUCGGCGUCGUCAGCAAGUAUCCCAUCUCCGAGGCAGCGCCGCACGAGUCCUGGGCCGGCCGCGUCCGGAUCACGCCGGGCAGUGACGACGACGACGGGGGAGGCGGACGGAGCCGGGCCGUGAACCUCUGGAACGUCCAUCUCGGACACAGCCCCUACGGGCCGUACGACUUCUGCUUCGACGACAUGGCCGUGGACGAGGUCCUCGCGCGCGAGGCAGCGUCCGGGCGGACGCCGCAGGUCGUCUCCGUCGUCGCGGCCAUGCGGGCCGAUCUCGAGGCCGCCGACGACGUGCCGGUGGUGCUCGUCGGCGACUUCAACGCGCCGUCGCACCUCGACUGGACCGACGCCGCGAGGGACGCGCACUGCGGCCGUGCGGACGUGCCGUGGCCGACGUCCGUCGAGCCCGCGGCGGCCGGGCUUGUCGACUCGUACCGCGUGGUGCACCCGGACCCCGUGGAGGACCCUGGGGUUACGUGGUCCCCCAUCUUUCUCGACAACGAGGGGCGGCCGGAGCCGAUGGACCGGAUCGAUUUCGUGUAUUUCCGGAGCAGGCGGCUGGAGGUCGUAUCGUCGAGGAGUCUUGUUGUAGGGGAGCCGAGGCCGCAGCCGGACCACGGGGAGAACGAGUGGACGUCGGACCAUGCUGCUGUGCUGAGUGUCUUUAGCUUUAGGGAUUAA